AGCGGCAUUGACCUCCAUUUGAUCGGCAAAUGGGGCUUGACGCGCUCAAUGUUGCCCCGUACUUUUCCCUCUUCCUUUUCAGCCUACCUACCUAAGCGGGAUACGAAAGGACGCGGAAGCGAUGAUGCAAGUCUAUAAUUCUAAAUGGUAGUCUACCCGCUACAACAGGCGGUCGAAGGAUGCCGUGGUAUCUAUCAGUCGUCUGGAAACAACGCUGGGCUUGAUGGAAUGGGUGCCCAGGUGAUGUUGGAGGGGCGAGAUUGCCGGGAAACUUUACUGCGUAAGGAAGGUUCCGUUGGAGUGAGAAUGAGAAAUGAAAGGGGAGUGAUUGCGUUAUUGGCUAAACGAUAUGUAAUAACAUCCAUUACGAAACCUCAAGUUCAUGUUUUUAUUUUAUUAAAGUAAUAGCUCUUAUUUAAUUUCCAUAGCAGUUGUCUAGGUCUUUUAUUCGAGGUUGAGUUGAGGUGACCGG